CAUUUCUCAUCCCUGGCUGCUCGCCAGAAUCUUCUGGACGCUUUCAAAAGAUGCCCUCCGGGCCACCCCAGGCCAGAUAACCCGCUCGGCCCCUGCGCCGGUCCUCUUUAAGGCGCCCACUGCCUAACGCCGGCGAUUCUGGCUGUCCGUGUCCCCAUUGCUCCGGCCGGGACACCGAGGCGUCGAGGGGGGGGGGGGGGGGACUGCAGCGGCUCCCGCGCAAAAGAUCCCUUCCCCCUCUUCCCCCGCAGUGUACCACUGGGCGGAGAUGCGGGCCAAGAUGCGCAUCAUGGGCUUCAAUGCGCACGCCGUCAAGCCGCUGAACGAGGACGCGGCCGCCGAGCUGGGCGCCGAGCUGCUGGGCGAGGCCACCAUCUUCGUCGUGGGCGGCGGCUGCCUGGUGCUGGAGUACUGGCGCCACCAGGCGCUGCGCGGGCGCAAGGAGAGGGAGCGGCACGCCGCCUGGAGCGCGAUGCGGGACGAGGUGGGCCGCCUGGCGCUGGCGCUGGAGGCGCUGCAGGAUCGCGUGCAGGCGGCGCCGCUGCAGAGCGCGGUGGUGGAGCUGCAGGCGCAGAUGCGGGAGGUGCGCGCCCAGCUCGGCGCCCGGGGCCCGCCGUCCGCGCCCCAAGCAACGCCCAAGGAAUAGGGGGCCGGGGGACCUGGGUCUUCGAUGUGGCUGUGGUCUGGGCUGUGACGUCUCCGACAUGACCUUCUGUCCCCACUGUCCCUUCCUGAACCGGCCCAGCUAAUAACCACCCUGCCCUUUUAGGGGUAGAAGGGAGGCGGGACUGGGGCUGAGACAACCGGGCUUUUGGUCAUGUCCCUACUAACCUGCCCAAUGGUACCUUCCGCAGCGGCUCCUCCACCCAUUAGUGGAAUGUUCCAACAGGAGUCCCAUUGCCCACCCCGCCUCCAACUCACCCCCACCCCUAGUCCACUGAUUUAGCCCUUUGUAAUGGGAAGACAUUGUCUUCCAUUGGAUCCCACCCACCCACUACUAGGUGGGCCAGCAGGACACACGGAUCUAGCUAACUCAUUCUGUCACUCACACGUCCACUUAUCUGAGUGGCUCUCCUGCCCCAUCCAUUAUCCAUUACACCAGAACACCCUUUCCCCCUUCUUCAUCGGUAAAGACCAUUGUAACCAAAAUGCAAACUCCCGGGGGACUGUGGGCCCCAUCAUUUUCCCUACCUCACUUUGGAGGGGGCAGAGAGGGAUGGAUCUUGGAAUGUCUUAGCUCCAGCGAGAUCCCCCAUGGCUCCUGCCUUCAGUCCAUCAUCCAUUGGUACCUCAGUUGGUCAUCCCUUCCCGUGGAUCAUCCCAACAGAUACCCCCACUUCAGUGUGUGCCUUAACCCAUGGAAAGGUUGGGCAGGGUCUCCUCGCCUUCUGUGGUCUGUUCCAGCAGGACUUGGUCCUCUGGGUAGAAAAAUCGGUCCUGCCUAGGGAUGAACCAUUCUGUGUUUUGCUCUCAGCUUUGUUUACCUGUCUGAAGUUCUGGACCUACUGUUGUCCUUGUCCACUGUCCUCUACUAGCCCCUCAUAGGAACCCCCACCUGUUCCCCUACUACGUGAGGGCACUUGUCACAUCCCUCAUCCAAACCCGCUCUUGAGUACUCAGGGAUUCCUUCUUCCUUCUUGCCUUUGGACUGGUCACCCAGCUCACCCUCACCCUCCUUCCUACAAAGGCUUCCUCCAGUGGGACCACCUGCCCUCAGCCAUGAAGUUCCCCCACCCCCAUCCAAAUGGAAUAUUCCAACCAUGCAGGGUUAUCUACCCCACCUACCCCCUGCCCACCCACUGAACCACUGAAGGGGGUGUGUAUGAGCUCUGUGAUUUCUUAAUUCUAUUUUUUUAAGACUGUAAGUAUUUUAUAAUUAAAGGAGCUCUGGGGUAAAGAAGUCAUCUUUAAGAAUGUGUCUGAGAACCAUGGUGUACAUCUGCAAAAUGGGUAUAAGGCUCAUUGGUUUUAGCAGAGAAGCUGGGAGGAUUCCCAUAGGAACCAGGCAGAGUCCAUCCUAUAAGGUGUUUCCCAGAUGGGGAAACUGAGGUCCCCGGGGUAGCAAAGGGACUUGCCCAAUGCCACACAGUGAGGGACUGUCCUUAGGUUUCUCAGGGUGGUAGAUUGGUUGCCGGAGCGUGGGAACUGG